AUGACAUCACCUCACACCAGGCGUCUGUUUGGAGUUGGCCGGGUUCGAACCGACGACCCCAUGCAGCAUGAACGUGUCCAGAUCAUGACAGACUCGAUGCAAAGCAUAUGCGCUACCACUGCGCCACAACCCCAUAGAAACGCAGUGGAUAUCAACCCCAUUAUCAUGGAGAGGUUAUGA